AUGGCGAAAAUAAAUACGAUAGCCUUCGAGGAGGCUUUGUACAUGACAGGUCUCGGCAAGUUUAAUCUGCUGAUGUUCUUACUGAGCAUAUUGGUGGUGACGGGGAUGACUUUCGAGGUGUUUUCAGUGUCAUUUCUGGUGCCGGCUAGUGCCUGCGAGCUUAACACCACCGUGUUUCAGCAAGGCUUGAUAGCUGGGAUGCCUUUGAUUGGUAUAAUUGCAACUUCUCACAUAUGGGGCUAUUUAGCUGAUACAAAAGGUCGGCGGAAGACUCUACUCUGGUCUAUGGUAUUUGGAUUCUGCGCAGGAUUUCUUGCUACUUUCUCAAUGAAUUGGAUCGUUCUGGCUGUUCUUAAAUUUAUUUCAUCGGCGGGACUAGCUGGUUGUUACCCUUUAGUAAUAACGUUGCUGGGAGAAACAACACCACAGAACAAGAGGUCGAUCAUUAUAGCGUUCCUUAACACGCAGUUAUUUUUGGGAUCAGGAAUUAUGGCUCUUUUGUCGAUACCAGUUUUGCGGUUGAAUUUCUCUUACUAUGUCCCCUUUUUGGCAAUAUCCAUGGAGUCUUGGAGGCUUUUGAACUUUAUCUUCUGUUUACCGUGUGUUGUCAGUGCAAUAAGCAUCUUUUUCAUUUAUGAAAGCCCUAGAUACCUGCUUAAGGAGGGAAAAGACGAUGAGGCUCUUAACGUACUGAGAGCUAUAUUUGUGAUCAACACUGGAAAGAGCCAGGACGAGUAUGAAGUCCAAUCCGUGAUAUUGAAUGAAGAUAGGGUCCAGUCAAAAUGUGACAGUUUGUGGGCUUCUUUCGCUUCCCAAACGAUUCCAAUGUUUAAACCGCCUCUACUGAGAAGUACAUUGCUUCUUUCAACGUUAUUUGUUAUAGCUUAUGUUGGAAUGCAGCCAUUCGUUAUAUGGAUGCCAUUCAUCGCGGAUGCAUUUAUGCGAUCUCUAGAGUCGGGUGAGAAAAGUCUCACCUUCUGUGAAAUGUUAAGAUUUUCACAGAAUCAAACCGUGACUGAGAGCAAAGAUUGCAGUUUGAAUGUCGUCGCUAUGACAUCAGUGUUUGGUGUAAGUUUGUUCUUGGCGAUCGCAAAUUCCAUCUUUAGUACUAGUGUUAAUCUUUUCGGAAAGAAGCGGCUUUUGAUUGGAUUUAUGAUGAUGUCCGGAACGUGCGCUAUUUGUAUUAACUUCCUGCAUAAUUAUAUCUUGAGUGGUAUUCUCUUCACAUUGUACAUAGUUAGCGCGAUCAACUUCAGUUUCCUAUCAAUAUACACCGUAGACAUCUACCCCACAUAUGUCAAAGCGAUGGCUGUUUGCCUGACCUUGAUGGUGGGACGUGGAAGUUCAGCUAUUGGGAUUAAUGUCUUAAAGUCGCUUCUGACUUACGACUGUGAAUUAGCAUUCUACCUCUUUGGAGGUUUAACAUUAUGUGGUGGCCUCAUAUCGUUCCUUCUACCAACAGACAACAAAAAGCCAUAA